GCACCUCUCGCGCGCACCAGCUGCCGCCCAGUCACUCGUGCUUCUUCUACUCGCGCGGUGCACGCGUCGUCAUCCCUGUCGUCCGCCUCCCUCGCCCGGUAGCGCCUCGCGUCCUCAUCAUCUCGGUUCCUCAUCUCGGUCGAGCCAUCGUUCCAUCGGUCGUGCGCCGGUCUGCUAGGUCCUGUCGAGGUCCACCAGAGCUUCUUCUACGAGAUGGCAUCCUUCAACGACCUGCCCAUCGAGCUCGUCCGCCGCAUCUGGUCAUUCCUCGAGCACGACCCGGCUGGCAAGCGUCACCUGUGCACCGCCGUCGUGCCCGACGUCCGCCGUCACAACUUUGUUUUUACUCGCAUCUCUUCGGCCGAGCGCCUGCAUACCUUUGCAAGCCUGGUCCGCCGGCCCGGCCCGCUCUCACGGUGGUUCGUCGGCGUCAAGAGCGUCGCCGAGAGCGUGCGCGACCUCGAGCUGUUCCGCAUCGAGGUCAAGAGCCGAGCCAAGGACCUAGUCGCAACCAAACAGAUCCUUAAGUCGCUCGCAUCCAUCAUGCGCCGCUGCCGCGAGGUCCAGAGCCUGCUCUGUCACGGCCAGGGCGCCAUGCCCGUCCUCCUGUCGUCGCUCCCAGCCCCGCCGCUCGAUUACCCCAAGCUCAAGGAGAUCUCGCUCUACGAAAUCAGUGCACAGCCCGGAAUGUUCUUGUCGUACGGUCACUUCGCCCGUCUGCGUCAAAUUCCCGCUCUGCGCGAUCUCGUCAUCGACUUUGAGCGGGACGAUGGCGAGGCAUUCGGCACGCUCCAGACGUCCCGACCGCCCGCGACUGGGCCGUCGCCUGUCACGGACCUGUCGCUGUGCGCCGGCGAGAGCCUCGCGACGCCGGCGGCCGCCCUCUUCAUCGCCGACUUUGCGCAGUUGAACCGCCUCGAGAUCACUCUCCGCGACGGCGUCAACCUCGGGCCCUUGCUCCAGGCGUGCCCAGUCGCACUCAAGGUCCUCACGAUCCACUACUGCGAAGAGCUGCUCGAGGACGAGGACGAGGUCGAGCAGCUGAACGUCGCGCCCGACCUCGCGCGGUUCGUCCACCUCGAGGAGCUCACGCUCGGCAAGGGCACCUUCUCGCCGACGUGCGAGCUGUUCGCCAUCCUCUCGUCGCACAACCCUCGCGUGCGCAUCCUCACCCUCGAGUCGGGCACCAAACUCGUCGCCGACAAGGUCCUCAACUUCGUCCUCGCGCGAGGCGGUCCGUCUCGCCAACUCGAGGAGGUCGUCCUUGACUCGGUCUACUUCUACUCGUACCCGCGUCCCUCUGAGUGGCCUGACCUCCCCGACGUCGUCGACGGCACGUUCCGCUUCGAGCGCCGAUGGAUCCUGCCCAAGUGGACCCGCCGUUUCGGCCUCGGCGACGCACGCGCCGUCAUCGCCGCCGCCGAGCGCGUCGGCGUACGGCUCGAGGGCACGCUCGCCGAGGCGGUCGAGUACGACACGGUGCGCGCGAGCGAGGAGGCGUACCUGCAGACGCGCCGGGACGAGAUCCUGUACUCGCUCCGGGGCCUGUUUGGCGAGGGCGAGGGCGAGGGCGAGGUCUGAGCGGGGCUCUCUCUCGAGCGGGGCUGGAAUGAGCAGGGGCUUUGGGUCUGUC